CAAAUCCGUUGGUGACUGCUGCUGUGUUGCCUGUUGGAUGCAUAGACAUUAAAACCAGGUUGAAUGUAACCUAGAACUAGCUCCACCCUCGACUAUUCAGGCUUAUUACGUGUGAGGACUAGUCCUGUUACGAGCCUGAAGCAUCUGGAAUAAGACUUUCUCCCUCCUACCUAUUCAUGAAGAAAAACAAGACAUUGUUCUUUGCUUUUUACGCAUGAAUUUACAAACUACAGUCGCAUGCUUUACAACUCGAAACUUAUUUUCGGACGAGAUUCUACAGCCGCAUUGUUUGCAAAGGACUAAAACUAAAAACUAAAGAGGUUGGUGCUGAAUACAAAGUGAUACGGUGAUCCCAUGUUUCGCUCGCAUGACUAAUUAAUAUCAGUACUCAGUCUCGCGCGCUCCUAUUUUUUUAAUAUAAACUAUGGCGUUUAGAGCGAGAGCGUUGUACGACUUUAGUUCCGAAAAUCCAGGAGAGAUAUCGAUUACUGAGAACGAAGUUGUUACUUUGUACAGCGAACAAGAUGUCGAGGGGUGGUUAGAGGGGACUAACAGCAGAGGGGAGACUGGUCUUUUUCCAGCCUCAUAUGUGGAGAUUCUCACAAAUGAUUCAUCUGACAUCUCCAACAACAAUGGCAUGUCGGCAGAUCAUGGUCAAGCCGAGUUGCCAUCGAGUGGAUAUGAUUCAUCAUACCAUUCCCAGUCCCACUCUCGUGCUGAGAGCAUUACAGUCCCGACCCCUUCCCACUCUGCUUAUCCUGUGCAAACUUCACAGCACCACAGUUACCCGACCAGUCAAGGUAGCGAUGACGACUGGGAUGAUGACUGGGAUGACAGCUCGACUGUGGCGGAUGAACCUGGAACGAUACAUGACAAUGAUGGAACUAGUUCCACAGCAUACACGGUCACUACCAGUUUACCUGAGAGACGUAGCAGUGCCCAAGCCAAAAGUUCAGCCACAGUGGGUAAAAACCUCAACAGGUUUUCAACCUUUGUGAAAUCAGGCGGAGAGGCUUUUGUGUUGGGCGAGGCGGCUGCCUUUGUCAAGGACGGGGACAAGAUCUGUGUUGUCAUGGGCCAGUAUGGGCCAGAGUGGCAAGAAGACCCAUAUCCAUUCGCCUGCUCUAUCGAUGACCCCACCAAACAGACUAAAUUCAAAGGCAUGAAGAGUUACAUGUCAUACAGACUAACUCCCUCUCAUACCCAGAGCCAGGUGAAUAGAAGAUACAAGCACUUUGACUGGCUCUAUGCCCGCCUAGUGGAACGAUUCCCUGUCAUAUCAGUCCCCCAUCUGCCCGAGAAACAGGCCACGGGGCGCUUCGAACAGGACUUUGUCUCCAAGCGCAGAAAAGGUUUAAUAUGGUGGAUGAACCACAUGACGAGCCAUCCUGUCCUGGCCAGGUGUGACGUCUUCCAGCAUUUCCUCACCUGCCCCAGCACAGACGAGAAGACGUGGAAGAUGGGCAAGCGAAAAGCGGAGAAGGAUGAGUUGACUGGCGCUAAUUUCUUCCUGACCAUCUCCACCCCGGCCGUUCCACUGGACCUCCAGGAGGUGGAGAGCAAAAUAGACGGUUUCAAAGCCUUCGCCAAGAAGAUGGAUGAGAAUUGUCUGUUAGUCAACGCUACCAUCAACGAGUUUGCCAGGAAGCAGAUCACCGGCUUCAAGAAAGAGUAUCAGAAAGUGGGCCAGUCCUUCAAACUGCUGGGCCAAGCCUUUGAGAUGGACCAACAGGCCUAUUCCGUAGGACUGAACCAUGCCAUAGCAUUCACAGGAGAGGCCUACGAGGUUAUAGGAGACUACUUUGCCGAGCAGCCCAGACAGGAUUUGGACCCCAUAUCGGACCUGCUGGACCUGUACAAGGGACACCUGGCCAACUACCCCGAUAUCAUCCAUGUUCAGAAAGGUGCCCUUACCAAAGUGAAGGAGUGCCAGAAGCAGGAAGGGGAGGGAUCAACCAUCAACGAGCGUUGUAACAUCAUUUCCUGUGCCACGCUGGCUGAGAUCCAGCACUUCCACCGUACGCGCGUACGUGACUUCAAGAGCCAGAUGCAACACCACCUCCAGCAGCAGAUCAGCUUCUUCCAGAAGAUCACUGGGAAGUUAGAGGAGGCACUGCAGAAGUACGACGAAUACAUAAUAUAAGGGACCUGAGGAAAGGAGGGUGGCUACAGAGGGAUGGAGAGAGGAUGGCGGGGACAGAGGGAGAGAGAGGAGGGGGACUUAGAGAGGGAGAGAAAGAAAGAUGGCUAGAGAUGAUAAAUAAAGUGCCCCGGAGGAGAUGGGGCACUUGAAUGACUUGUUCAGUUCUCCGUGACCAGAUUAUUCAUCCAUUCUACAGUGGGAAGUGAGUGGAUCUAUGCAGGUGAUGCAGUGACGGAUGGGGGAAAAUGGGGUAGAAAGAUACUGAAGACACUCCUUCGUUGACGUUGUUGUCCGCAAAACCUGAUCGCGUAGUCUAGCUUGACGGGAUAUGUUAAGUCAUCACAUACAAGACGUGUCACUUCCUGAAAUGAGUGGGAUGUCUUCCAUAAGGAACUGUAUAGAAUUGCAAAGAUAUCUCUUAAAAUACAUGUUUAACCUGUUGUAUUGAAUCCCCCUUAUUUGCCUUUUUCUCUGAACAAAUAUAACAAUUUCAGUUCCAUGGCAAAUAUGAAUGACAUGUCCCUUUGUGUGUGUGUGUGUGUGUGUGUGUGUGUCUGUCUGUCUGUCUGUGCGUGUCUGUGCGUGUGUGUGUCUAUAUGUGCGUGUCUGUGCGUGUGUGUGUCUGUAUGUGCGUGUCUGUGUGUCUUUACAAACGUGUGUCUUAUCAUAGAGGGGGCAACCAAGGGGGGUUUGGUAUUUCAAUAUUCUGUUGUAGUUUCUGAACCUCAUUAUUUGAGACCUCCCAGAGAGCUCUGUGCCAGGAACAAGCUUUAAGAUUGUAGAACACUGGAGGAGAACAGAACACCUGAUUUUCCAUUCCUUCUUAUUGUUCCCAAUGGAGAGGCAGGAGGCAGGCACAAAUAACUCAGCCAGAAUAAUACUGCAAAUGAUGUCUCUGUGGGAUUCCCUCGUGUCGAAGGACAUUGUUGAAAUGAAAUCCUUCCUCCUACACAUGUACUCCAUGUGAAUUUGACAUUGAAGUACCAUUGAUUGGUAUCCUCCCAAAACACAUUUGUCGGAUGACAGCCAAAAGUCUAAUGUAUGUAAGUUAUUUUACCAGGUUGAUUAGGGUAGUGCUAGAUGACUUGACACACAUCGCCCCUGAACAGCCUAAUACAUGUAGAAGGGACGUUUAUCACAGUAUAUUCACUUGAUCACACAAGGAACACUGUGUAGUCCUUUUUCUCAUGUUUGCCGACAGCAUGGCUGCAAUUCAGGUACUACUACCAGGCCCACUGUUAUUGAUAUAGGACACCAUCUCUUCUCCUCUCCCAAUAGGUCAAGUUACUCCACCUCCAUUGCGUCCAUUAUUUAGACCAGAUUCAUUUUCCACUAGCUCUGGGUCAAGUUACAUCUGAAACACUUGAAGGGAAUUUAAACAGUUUGUUGUUCUUGUUAACAUACAGCUUGCUGAACUGGGUUUGCUCACCCAUGUCCAGUGCUUGACUCGGGAUGAAAAAAGUGCAGGAGCUGUCUUUUCCCAAGUCCAUCCAUUAGAUUAUGUUUACCGAAGUUCAGUGGUGUAAAGUACUUAAGUGAAAAUACUUUUAAGUACUACUUAAGUUGUUUUUUGGGGUAUCUGUACUUUACUAUUUAUAUUUUUGACAAAUUGUACUCCAUUACAUUCCUAAAGAAAAAAAUGUACAUUAAAAAGUACAUUAUUUUCUUGAGGAAUGUAGUUGAAGUAAAAGUUGUCAAAAAUGUAAAUAGUAAAGUAUUCUGUAAUGAAUGUAUUGUAAUGUAAAAAAAUAAAUAAUAAUAAUUGUAUAA